AAUGGCGACACAAAGCCCUCAAAUGAGGGCACUUUAAAUCUCGUUUCUCCUAUUGGGUCGACGGGGCUUUCUUUAGUGACAACUCAAAGUAGCGGUGGAGGAUGCGGGAGCAUCUCGUCGGAUAAGCGAGCCAGACCAUCAUCAGAGGAAGUUUGUCUUCCGAUAGCUAGCACUGGGAGCACUAUCGCCUUAACAGAUAUCGCGGCGCUUGAUACAGAUCCAUUGAUCGCGGGAGUGGAUUCAUCUAAAUCGGCUGUAUCCGAAGCAAAUCGGGAUGGCUUAGAGACGAAUAGUAAUUCUGGAGGACCUGGAACUAAUGGGGUAGGUGGAGAAUUUGAGAAACGACGCUCUGUCAGGCCUGAGUUUGAACCACUGGUGUAA